AUGGCGUGGCGGAGCUCAGGCGCAACAAACCAGGAGCUGAUCGACAACAUGUGGAAUCGUGGGCUCAUCAAGGACCAAAGGGUUAAGGACGCAUUCCUCAAGGUCGACCGCGCACACUACGCCCCCAACGCACCCUAUCAGGACUCCCCCCAGUCCAUAGGCCACAAGGCCACCAUCUCGGCCCCCCAUAUGCACGCCACCGCCGCCGAAUCCCUCCUCCCGUACAUUGUCCCUUCAGAGAAGAAGCCUGCGCCGCGCGUGCUCGACGUCGGGUCCGGGUCCGGGUACCUGACCCACCUUCUCGCCGAGCUCGCGGGGGAAAAGGGGCUCGUCGUAGGGCUGGAACACAUCCAGGCACUGCGGAACCUCGGCGAGAAGAACAUGGCCAAGAGCGCCGACGGAAGGUCCUUGUUGAAGACUGGCCGGGUGAGGUUUCGCGUCGGCGACGGGAGGAAGGGGUGGGUAGAGGCGCCUAAGGAGGGGGAAGAAGAGGCCGGAACUGGCUGGGACGCCAUCCAUGUCGGCGCCGCUGCGGUGGAGCUCCAUCGGGAGCUGGUGGACCAGCUCCGUACGCCCGGGAGGAUGUUCAUCCCCGUCGAGGACGACAACGGCCAGGGCCAGUAUGUGUGGGCCAUUGACAAGAGGGAAGAUGGCUCUGUUGUCAAGGAGAGGCUGUUCGGGGUUCGAUACGUGCCUCUGACUGAUGCGCCUAAGCCGUAA